GAGCGUCCCUCUUGUCUCGUCGUCCACAUUCUGCGGUUGUUUCGGUUCAGUCUCUUCUCGGUCGCUGGGAACGAGACGAGUCUUUUUCUCUCACUCGCUCUCUCUCUUCGUCCAUCGUCGGGAGGAGGAGGAGGAGGAGGAGGAGGUGGAGUUCACUGUGUGCUUCAACUCCGGGGGAACCAGGCAUCUGCUGCAAUGUUGACACGCAGCUGAAAGGACACAAUCUGCUGGCACCGAUUACAUGACAGCACACCAUCAGUCAUGGAGUCUAUCAAAUCUGUGACCCUGUGGAUAUUUUGCUUGUGUCUCUUUGGGAAAAGUUUGACUGAAAAACCAAGUUCGCCCAUGCCGGACAGUCCAGUCGUAGAGAAUGGGAUGUCAGAUUUUUGUCGCAUCGAUGACUCACUGUGCAAGGAUGACAACGCACUCCUCAGCUUCGAGGCCAUCCGUAGUAUCCACAAGCAGAUGGACGAUGACGCCAACGGCAAUGUAGACGUGGCGGAGACGGAUGGCUUCCUGAGAGAAGAUCUUAACUACCAUGACCCGAAGGCCAAGCAUAACAGUUUCCACGGGGAUGACCAGCUCAUCAGUGUGGAGGACCUUUGGAAUGCGUGGAAAGGCUCUGAAGUGUAUAACUGGACAGUGGACGAGGUGGUGGAGUGGCUUAUCACCUACGUGGAGCUGCCACAAUAUGUGGAUGCAUUUCGCAAGAUGAACUUUAAUGGAAGUACCAUGCCAAGGCUUGCCAUUAAAAACGCCACUCUGACUCUGUCUAUUCUGAAGAUUUUGGAUCGUAGCCACGUGCAAAAGUUGCAGCUCAAGGCUUUGGACACAGUUCUGUUUGGAGCACCUCUGAUGAAUAGACAUAACCACUUGAAGGACUUCAUGCUGGUCGUGUCGAUAGUCAUAGGCAUGGGUGGCUGCUGGUUUGCCUUCAUCCAGAAUCGCUACUCAAAGGACCACAUGAAGAAGAUGAUGAAGGACCUGGAGGGCCUGCAGAGAGCUGAGCAGAGUCUGCAUGACCUGCAGCAGAAGCUGCAGAUCGCCCAGGAAGAGCACCGUACAGUGGAGGUGGAGAAAGUCAACCUGGAGCAGAAACUGAGGGAUGAGAUCAACACGGCCAAGCAGGAGGCCCAGCGACUGAGAGAGCUGCGAGAGGGCACAGAGAACGAACUGAGUCGCCAGAAGUAUGCAGAAGAAGAACUGGAACAGGUCCGAAUGGCUCUGAAGAAAGCUGAGAAGGAGCUGGAGUCUCACAGCAGCUGGUCACCACCAGAUUCUCUCCAGAAGUGGUUACAGCUCACCCAUGAGGUGGAAGUGCAGUACUACAACAUCAAGAAGCAAAAUGCUGAACGGCAACUCCUGGUCGCCAAAGAAGGGGCAGAGAAGAUAAAGAAAAAGAGGAACACUCUCUUUGGGACUUUCCACGUGGCUCACAGCUCCUCUCUGGAUGAUGUGGACCACAAGAUCCUGGCAGCAAAACAAGCCCUCGGUGAGGUCACGGCUGCGUUGCGGGAGAGGCUUCUUCGCUGGCAACAGAUUGAGAUCCUCACGGGUUUCACCAUUGUCAACAACCCGGGCCUGCCCUCGCUGGCUUCAUCCCUCAACCUGGACCCCACCUUCAUGGGCGGCAGAGCAACGCCGCAGCACUUCAUCAUGUCCGACGACAUGGACGACUUGGACGAGGAUAUCAUGCCCGGAACUCUGCAAUAUGGCACCAGACUGCUGGAGAGGAGAGCCAGUGACCUGUGGUCCGUCGGUUCAGACUGUCAGCACUUGUGGAAACAUCCUGCUCCCAGUAUGAUGUCUCUGCGCCAACGCCACAUUGACCCCCAGCUGGCCAUGGGCUCCCAGAGGUUGGUAGAGAGUUGUGUGUUGGCGGGGCAGCAGGGAGAGGGCAGAUCUAGGGCUCCAUACAGGCAGUCGCGUAGCCAGUCUUUUGGGCAUAUCGACUAUGUCCCCAUGCCUCCUUCUCUGUCCUCGGCUGUGUCUCACCCUUCCAUCAUCUGUACCGCAAACCCAAACUUGCAGUCCCUGUCCUCCUCUUCCUCCUGUCUACCCGGCACUGUGGGUGGCGGCGUCGCCUCUCAUUCCUCCCAUUCAUAUCACGGUUCUUUCCAGCCCAUGGAUCCCAUUCCAGAUUUCAUCUUCACUGACGACACCAAAGCUCACUCCUCACGCAGCGACAGCCUGGGGGACUUAAAUCGCUCCGACUCCGACUCCUCCCUGUCCCUCUCUCAAGUUGGCGAUCGGCUCGCUGCCUACAGCUCCAAGGGCCACAUAAUCAAGCCCACAUCUCUCAUGUACGGGCUGUCCGGCCGUGCGGAAGAUUCCGUCUCGCUGCACGCUUACACCCCUAACGGAGGGAACCGCAUACAGGAGGGCAGCCCCGCCGAGUUCGCCGCCGACAGCCCCCUACUCAUGAAGAAGUUGUACGGCAUGGAACAGUCGCCCAGUCCGGGAGACGUCAACAGUCUGACGGAGUCGUCCCGCUCCCUCAGCCCCAACUCCACCGAACCUGACACACCGUCGCCGACGGGAGGGCAGCUCGGGUCUGCAGCGUCCAAGAGCAACAGUCGCAUCCCGCAGCUGACGUCCAAGAAGAGCCCGCUGGAAGAGGACAGCGGCUCAACGGGAGAAGACACAGAUUCCACUGCCAGCCGCAAGAAACACACCUUCAAGAUCUUUAAGAAACCGAAGAAGUAAGGGGGCGACGUGAACUACAAGGCAAAUCAAAGCUGUUAAAGACUGUAUCUGUUUUUGGAGGAAAAAAAAAGAAGUUUGGGUCAGGGUUUAGUGAAAUGAUGCAUCGUCGUGUAGGUAUGUCUUGGUGUAGGACGCCUACUGUGAGAAACUGGACCGUGGGAGCAAGUAGCCGUUCCGUUUUAUCUGCGUCAAUGUUGUGGGAGAAUGGGGUAGAUUUGUAUAUUGGAAUGUAUAGAAUUAUUUAUUCAGCAGGAAAACUCGUGCCAGUCUCGGAGGGAAACUGGUCUCCCAGGUGUUGUUUUUUCCUUUCUUGUUCUAAAAAUCUAUAACAUUUUUUGCAUGUCUUCUCUUUUGUUUUGAUUGAUAACGCGAAUGCUUAGUGUUUGCUUGGUUCUCGUCGUCGACUUGCGUAGACAACACUCGAUGUUUAUUUGAUUACUACCUAGCCACCUUGCCUAUGAAUCCAAAGUGAAUGCACACCUUUUUGUUUUUACUUUGUUUUUAUCGAUGGUUACACGUUUUCUUGUCUUUUGUUGUCGUCUUGCUGGCAGAACAAAGUAACGCGUUCUGGAAGUCCUCUGGAGAAGUGGAGUUAGUGUAAGAUUUCCCCCUUUUUGGCUGUCGAAAAUGGUGUAAAAUGGUGAAAAAACAACUUGGAUUUAAUCUACAAAAGAGGGUUUGGGGCGAGAGGUAAAUCUGUCGUCACAGAUUGACCAUGAGAUUUUAGUUAGGGGGCUUUUGGGUCUAGGGUUUUUGUUUAAUAUAAUGGUUGAAUUUAAUGCCAAAGCUUAUCUUUAAUUACAUUUUGGGGUUGAUGGUAACAGUAUAUGUUAUAUCACUGAACCAGGAGGGAAGACAAGUGUUAGAAUUUUUUUCAGAUAAAUGUCCAACAAGGAUGUUGGUAUCUAUUUUGUAUUUUCCCAAAGCAGAAGUGCUACCAGAAUCAGAAAUGACCAAAAUCUUAAACCUGACGUACACUGGAAAAUAUACUAGAUGUCUAUCAAUUACCUAAAUGCGUUUUUUUUUUCAUCCUUUUAGACUUUAAAAAAAGGAAAACCUCUUACAGAAAGGAAUACAACACUUCAAUUUAAUGACUCUGACGUCUAUGAUUUCCUAUGAUCCUGUUUCUGGUUGAUUGUGUUUUAAUGAUUUAAGUGGACGAUGAAAACUUCCCGGCAGUUUGUCGGUGAGGGCUGGGCGCUGGUAAGGGCUAAACUACAAGGCGAAAGUAUUUGCUCUGUAUGAAUUAAAAAAAAAAAAAAAAACAAGAAAAAAAAA